AUGGACUGGAACAAUCUGCUCUCCAAGGCCGCCUCCAUCCCCAAUUUCCUCCCCGACAAGCUCGUGGACUGGCUUGUCUCCCUCGCCCAGUCCGAGUACUCCCUCAUCUGCGGCCUCGAAGACGAGAUCCACAAGCUCCGAAGAACCCGCGAGCGGAUCCACUCCCUCCUCACCGACGCUGAGGAGCGCCGCUACAUCGAGGACGAAUCCGUCAAGCGCUGGCUCCUCGAGCUCAAAGAUGUCGCCUUCGCCGCCGACGAACUCCUCGAUCGCCAGCAGACACAGCUCAAACUCUCCUCCCUCGACCAGAGCAGCCGCGAGGCCGGCCCAUCCCGCAAGCGGAAGCGCUCCUGGUCUCUCCAUUCCCUGGGCCUCGGCCAUGACCCGGUUCUUCUCCAGCGCCGGAGACUGGCGAUCCAGAUAGCCAAGAUCAAGGAGAGGUUCCAGGAGAUCGCCGAGGCCCGGAAGAAUCUCCGUCUGGAGGCCAGAGACGGGAGGAGAAGGGGGCGAACGGGAGAAAGCUCGCCUCCUUCUCAAUCCGUGGCCUCUUAUGAGAGGUCUCGUGUCGUCGGCCGAGAAGAUAAGGAGGCAGAGAUUGUUAACGCAUUGACGUCGGAUCAUGGAAUCCUCGUCCCUGUUGUUCCGAUCUAUGGAGCUCCUGGAAUCGGUAAGACCACUCUUGCUAAAUUAGUCUACAAUGACGCUCAAGUGGAAAAUUAUUUCGAUUUGAGGAUUUGGGUUGGUUUGUCCAAAGGAUUUGAUGUGAGAAGGGUAACGAAAGAGAUUAUAGAAGCUGUAGACGACGGGGAGAAAUGUAAUAUAUCCAGCCUGGACGCUCUGCUGCGUCACCUCAUCUGCAAGGUGAGAGGGAGAAAGUUCUUGCUGGUGCUGGAUAACUUGUGGGCUGAGAAUUUCCAGUUCUGGGAGACGCUGCGGCUUCCAUUGUUGGCUGGAGGUAAGGAAAGUAAGGUAUUGAUUACUGCUCGGAAUGAAGUAGUUUGGAGGGGAAUGCCCACACUGCAUCUGAUCCAUUUGAAGGGUCUGAAUGUGGACGAUUGUUCAAACCUGCUCCUUGAUCAGGCAUUCCCGAACGGGUGUUCGAGCCAACAUCCAAAUUUGGAAGAGAUCAGCAAGAGGAUCGUGGAGAGGUGCCAAGGAUCCCCUCUGGCAGCAAAGUUGCUCGGUUGCCUCCUGUACAAUGUGACAGAUGAAGUUCGAUGGGAAGACAUGCUAAAUGAAGUUUAUGAGUUUGAUAGGGAUGAACUGGUCAGGUUGUGGAUGGCAGAAGAUUUGAUCCAGCGCAGUGGGAGCAGAAGUACUCUGGAGGUGAUAGGCGGCAGGUACUUUGAUAAUCUAUUGUGGAGGUCAUUUUUUGAAGUCUCUGGUAGUCAGGGACAGAAACAGAAAUAUAGAAUGCCGAGCCUCAUCCAUGAUCUAGCACGAUUAGUUUCUAAACCUGAAAGUUUGGUUGUGGAACAUGAUGUUUCAUGUGAUAAACCUGAAUGGGUGCGUUAUGCAUCUCUGCUUCAUCAAAAUAAUCAGGGGACUGUAGCAUUCGACAAACUAUACAGAUAUGAAAAAUUACGGACUUUUAAAUUGUACGGUGAGUCUAGAGUGCCUGUGAAGCAUGUCCCUGCAAAUCUUUUUCGUAAAUUAACAUGCUUGCAGGUUUUAGAUCUCAGCUUUACCGAGAUAGAAGAAUUGCCGGACUCAGUUGGCGAUUUGAUACACCUGCGAUAUCUUGGCCUUUACGGAACUGAAAUCCAAAGGCUGCCUGAAUCAGUUUGCUGGCUUUACAAUCUGCAGACCCUGGAGCUUGGUGAGUGCUACAGGCUCCGAGAGUUACCAAAAGGAACCAGCUACAUGGUUAACCUACGGCAUCUUGGUUUGCGUGUUGACUGGGAGACGGGUGCUAAUUCGAUGACGUCCAUGCCACAAAGAAUUGGAAAAUUAACUUCGCUGCGGACAUUGUCAAGAUUCAUUGUGAGUUCUGAGGAUGGAUGCAAGGUAGGAGAGCUGGAGGACUUGAACCUUCGAGGAGAUCUUUGCAUCUCAAAGCUAGAAAAUGUUGUCGAUGAGACGGAUGCUCAAGAGGCCAAUUUGAGUAGGAAGCGAAUUGAUAAUUUGAAGUUGCAAUGGAGCGAUGCAGUCAAUCCCACUGCUCAACAGGGUGGGAGUGAUUGCGAAGGGGUUAUUGCAGGUCUCCGCCCUCAUAUCACACUCAAAUGUCUUUGGAUAGAGAACUAUCCUGGCAGCAAUUUUCCAGAUUGGGUAGGAGAUCGUUCUUUCUUACACUUAGAGACUUUGAGACUCUCCUGCUGCAAGAAUUGUGAACAACUCCCACUGAUAGGGCAGCUACCUCGUCUCAGAAAUCUGUGGAUAAAAGGUAUGCAUGGAAUGAGAAGCAUGGGAAAUUUUGUGGGAUUUCAAUCUCUAGAGAAGCUUACCUUAUCAGACAUGCCUAAUUUGGAGAGACUUUUUGAAGUGGAAGGUUGUGAGAUUCCUAGGCUCCCCGAACUUUCCAUUUUACCUAUGCUUGAGAAAUUGGAGAUAAGAAACUGUCAGAAUUUGAUUUUGCCUCCGGAGUUUGAUUCCCGCCAUGAUUUAAUAAUAGACCGUGACCCUUAGUCGAAUUAUCAGAUGGAUUGGUCUCCUGACUUCUCUUACCUCAUUAACUCUCUCAUUUUUCUGGUUUCAUAUCCAGGAGCUCUCUCUAUCUGUUGACUUCUCUGAAGGAAUUGAAGAUUGAAGUAUGUGAUUGUAAGAUUGUAAGAUCUCGUUUCUCUGGAAUGCAUAGAGAUAAUUUCAUGCACAAAACUGACAGCCUUCUCCAAGGAUUGAGUGCCACACCAACUUAAUGAUAUUUGAAUACAUUCUUGUGAUCUUGUCAUGGUCUCAGGUUUCUUCCACGAGGAUUGCAAAAUUUAGAAUCACUGCAAAGUAGAAAUUCGAGAUGUUCCUAUCCUCAAGGAUGGAGGAGAUUAUGCCGGCUGAACUUACAUAUUUGGCUAUUAGCAGAUGCUCCUCGCGUGCUGAAUGGCCAAAUUGUUGAUGUAGUGAUUGAUUUUAAAUUAGUUUCCAAAAGUAUAAUUUGAUGAUUAUUUCAACAUGUGCAGCUAUUAAAGAUUUCAGCGAACUUGUAAAUACAUCUGGUAGCUUGAUCAGAAUUCUUAUUUUCUCUGCAGUUACCUGGGGUCCCUGUUGUAACAGCACUUAUUCUCUUUCCAUUUUUGUCAUCUUGAUUUUACAUUGCUGUAGUCUUAAUUCUUUCAGGUGUGGUUCUUAGAUUUAAUAUGCGAAUAUUUCACUGA